CACACAAGACAAAACACAAGAGAACACACAAGAGAACACACAAGACAAAACACAAGAGAACAUGCAAGACAAAACACAAGAGAACACACAAGAGAACACACAAGACUAAAAACAUCUUCAAUUUCUGCAUCCAUGAGACGAACACCAAGAACAAAGCUGAGCAGGACUCCACCAAGUUCUUUAGGAGAGUCAGGACCUGCUGCACUGACUGGAACCAGAACCUCCACCUUCAACCAGAACAUCUUUAGCCACUCUGAUUCAGGUGUUUUUGUGAGAUUCUGGUCCACAAAAACUCAAACAUGAAGCUCAAAGUCCAGUCUCAUGUUUUAAGCUGAAGUUCUAGUCAGGACUCGCGUUUCAGUCAGAGCUUUCAUGCUAUCCUCAGGCAUUCCUCUGACAAAGGGUGUGGGUCAGAACCCAGUCCUCUAAGGAACGGUCUGGGUCAGAACCCAGUCCUCUAAAGACCAGUCAAGUGUCUGCGCUUCAGUCAAAGUGACGCCUGAAGUUUGAAAGGAACAUUGAGGUCAGACCCAUAAAUCCUGAGAGGAUGGAAUCAUAUUUUCAUCUUAAAGGUUUGCAAACUCUUCUAGAUCUUCCUCUGGACCAGAGACUUCUCCUGAUCCAUGAGGGAUCCAUGUCAUACUUUCAGUUUCCAUCAGUUUGACCACAGGAGAACGAAUCCAUAGAAACUCAGAUCUAGGUCAGUGUCUGCUGCUGUGAAGGAGGUCUCCUUGUUCAGGGAGCGGGAACCCAUCAGGGUUUGGAUGUGAGAAUGACUCAAAGGCUCAGACUGAAGAAUGACGCUGGAGUUCCAGACUGUCUCCAUGGUCAGGGACAUUCAUUUCUGUGACCAGCAGCUGGACGAGGAUGGAAAGAGAGGUUAGAGGUCUGUGGUGGAGCGUCCUCGGUGUCAGAAUCAAUCCCUUCAGCAGUGAGAGGAAGCCGGCGCGUCUGUCCAAACAUGGAAGCAGGAAGUGCUCGGACCUCAAGUGAGCCGGGAUGAGGCUGUUCCCACCUCCAAACAUCUUUCUUGCAGAAGCAGAGGGAAGCCCGCCUGAUGGAGGAGCUGCUUCCAUCCUCAGUCUAUCUGGGCCCUCUGGAUGAACUUCCAGAGGCUGGAGAUUGUUUAGGUUCAGUCAUGUGACCCCCCUGAACGGUGGAGGCGCUCAAGGAGGGGGCCGGCUGGCAGAGAGGGUUAGGGAGGACUGAGAAAACAGGAGAUGGCAGCAGAUGGGGCGGGGCUUCACCCUGGAAACCCCACAGCUGUGAGCAGAGCUGGACUUCAUCACAAUCUUUGAAGGCUGACGGGGGGGCUGCAAACACCCUCCUCACACUCCGAGGGAGGAAGGAAAACAGAAAGGAACUCCCACGGAGAAGGAGCGGUCAGAGACAUGCAGCUCCUCCCUCCCCUCUUUCACCACGGCGUUUCUGGACGAGCGUGAGCCUUCUCCUGGACGGUUGGUGAACGAGGAAUGACGGUGAGAAACCGCAGAAGAUUUCAGCAGAACUGACUUCACACUUACCUCCACCAGGAGGGCAGAGGGAUGGAGACGCUGAUGUUCCAGGAUCUGGACUCCAACCAGACUUUAGUGGAAGAUCAUCUGUUCUUCGAGGAACACCUCGAUGGUUUCGGUAUCACCGUGGCCGGGCUCUACCUGGUGGUCUGCGUUCUGGGGCUCGCUGGGAAUCUGCUGGUCAUUGUUGCCAUUUUGAAACUGGACAAGAUGUCGUCCUCCACAACGGUGUACAUCUUCAACCUGUCUGUGGCUGAUGGACUCUUCAUGAUUGGACUUCCUUUUAUCGCGAGUCAGAACUUCCAGAACCACUGGGUGUUUGGGAACACUGCCUGCAAAGCCGUGAUGGUCCUGGACGGCAUCAACCAGUUCACCAGCGUCUUCUGUCUGACGGUGAUGAGCGUGGACCGCUGCAUGGCGCUCCUGGAGCCUCUUCGCUUGGCCAGAUGGAGAACGCCGCGCUGCGCCAAAAUCAUAUCCGGGUUCCUGUGGUUGUUCUCCCUGCUCACCAUCCUGCCCAUGGCGCUGCACUUCUCAGCCGAUCGAGGUCUUUGCAUCCCUGACUCCAUUUCUGACUCCUGGUGGCUGGGAGUCCUCUCCUACACCUUUGCUCUGGGCUUCGCCCUGCCCUACACCAUCAUGCUGUCGUCCUACACCGCCAUGCUGAUAACCAUGAGGUCCCGGCGGCUUCAGGCCUCUGCUGUCAACCAUGAGAGCGCGCGAUUGGAGCGACAGAUGACCAAAAUGGUAGUGGCUGUGGUGGUCAUGUUUGGGGUGUGCUGGUUGCCCUUUUACACCUUCAACUUCUACUCGCUGUACCACGGCGGGCUGGCGCUGACCCUAGCCAGGGCGUUUGAGCUGGUGGUCUUGUUGUCGUACUCUUGGAGCUGUGCCAACCCCAUCCUCUACGCCUGCCUCUCCGACUCCUUAAGGAGGCACUUCCGCUCUCUGCUCUGCCCCAUGGCCAAGUCAUCUCCCAGCAUGCAGUGCGACACUGAGCGCUCUGACCUCACUGACAGUGUGAGGGACGUCACCACUCAGGCCUGAACGAGGACGGCCUUCACGUCAUUUCAGACAGAAAGAAUUCAAGUUCUGGAAGAUGAUUUUUGUAGCUCCAGGAUGGACUGAAGACCCCCCCCCCUUUGGUUGGGAUAGGCUCCAGCAUUUGUUGGGUGUAAUGAUGGAUCAAUUUUUUACAGUUUGUGGUCUUUAGUUUUUAGUACCCUCAGAACAUUUUCCCGCUCUAUAGUAUAGUUGUAGAUAUAAAUGAUGUUUGAUCAUCGCUGACGUUCUGCUGAGUUCUGGUAACAUCUGAAUGGAUUUCUUCAUGAUUCUGCAGCUCCAGGUCCUGACUGUUACACUGGACUUUGUUUUUUUCUCUCCGGACCUCCAGUAUGGAACAGAUUCUGACUGUGUGAUUAUUGAUUUCCAUUUUGUCACAUUAACAUAUUGAUCUUUGAUCACAUGUUACACCUGUCCUUAAUGAUCUACUUUCUCCACAGAGCACUUCACUCUGAACAUUUAAAUACUUUCAAAUAAACUUUU